GUCGCUCUCUCUCUCCUUGUUGGUGUUGUGGGCGGAUCGGGCGUGGCAUCUAGCGCUUAAAAGGAGAGUGGCAGCGACGGGGGAUACGCUAGUGCGCGAGUUUGAUUCUUUGUGCGCAGCAGGAUGGCGGCGCGGUUGUCGGAUAAGCAGCACGCCGAUGCAAAGGCAGUAUUUGUGCAGUUGGCGGGAGCCAAGCAGGCAUUAAGCUACACCGAAGCCACGAGUGCCCUCGAGGCGCUGGGCCUUGAGAUUAAGGAUGUGGCGGACUUUGAUCAGGAUAAGAGCGGGUCGCUGCGCUACCCUGAGUUUGCCAACUGUGUUGCUGCCGCCCAUCGGACAACCAUUGUGGAUGCCCGAUUACUCAAGGCCGCCUUCAAGGGCUGGGACACGCGCGACACGGGUUACAUCACACCCAAGCAGAUCAUGCAUCUAAUGGAGAGUGGGUCGGGCCUGCCCCUCGGCAUCUCCAAGGCUGAUGUCAAGGAGAUGAUCGAGUACAUUGACCGCAACGGAGACGGUCAUAUUGAUUUUGACGAAUUGACCAAGGCUCUGUUGGCUUGAUCCAACCGUGCGUAAAACUCUUUACUUCCAACCUGGUACUGACAGAGCUGGCUCUGUCGAUCUCGAUGCUC